UGUUUAGAAUUGAUGGGUGGUGCGCGAAUGGGCAAAAACAACUACAACAACCGUUAUUCAUCUUCAAGCUCUAUGUACAAUGAUGAUGUGAGAGAGCUUCAAUGUUGGUGUCCUAGAAUUUGUGUUGUAAGAAGAGCAAACACUGUCAAUAACCCAGGAAGGCUUUUCUAUGCUUGCCCUCUGCAUAAGGAUGAUUGUGAAAACUGUAAUAUUUUUGUGUGGGUUGAUGAAGCUGAAGAAUUAGGCUAUUUUAAAAACAAUGAUGCUGGUCAUGGAAGAAAUGCAAGGUUGAUCGAGAAGCCAAAUGAUAGGGGCAGAGAAGAGGUUUGGAGGGCAAGGUUGAUGGAUAAAGUUGAUUGUCUAGGAAGUGAGCUUAGUCAAUAUUCGAGUUAA